GCUUGCACAGGAUAGAGUAGCAUGGAGAGCUGCAUAAAACCAGUUUCAGGACUGAAGACCACAACAACAACAAUUAUGAACAACGCUCAAGGUGAGAUGUUAAAGAAAUAUGGGAACGACUGCGUUUAUGGUGAUGGGAAACAUGGUCUUAAUGGAUAUAAUUUUCAACUUAUAACUCUACUAGUGCUAGACGAUCUGAGACAAGGGUUUCCAUGCGCGUUUCUAAUAUCUAACAGGAAUGACUCCCAGAUGCUAUUCAUAUUUUUCCAGCACAUAAAGAGGCAGGUUGGAUCAAUUUCGCCAAAUGUUUUUAUGUCGGAUUUGGCCGAGUCUGUCUUUAUCGCAUGGAAUGAUGUCAGGCAGCUCCAUCUAUGCGACUUUAUUGUACAUGGCAUGUUGAUAGAUGUUGGAGGCAGAAUAUCAAAUGUAAGAUUCAAGGUGUAGAAAAACAAGGUGAAGUAUACAAGCAAAUCAGAUCUUUGAUGCAUGAGCAGGAUGUAGAUUCAUUUGAUGAGAUGUUAAAUAUUGGGCUAGAGAGAUUGGAAUGUGAUCCUGAUACAGUUCAAUUUGCCACAUACUUCCGAGACAACUAUGUUGGGAAUGCAAAUUGUUGGGCAUAUUGCCAUAGAUUGAAUGCUGGAAUCAAUACCAACAUGCAUAUAGAAAGAAUGCAUCGCAUUAUUAAAUAUAUAUAUCUCGGUAGUAAAUGUGUUAAGCAUUUAGACAAAGCUAUUUUUGCAUUGAUGUCAUUUGUGAAGCACAAGCUGUUUGACAGGCUUAUUGUGCUAAAUAAAGGUAAACUGACGAGUAAACUUAAGGACAUUCGCCUUCAACAUAAAUCAGGGAAUAAUAUUAAGGAGGACUUCAUUAUUAUGGAGUUUUCUGGUUGGAAAGUGCAUUCUUCUUCAAGAAUAUCAACAGAUUAUUUUGUAUAUGAUAAUGACUUUCAGGGCAACUGCAGAUUUAUAUGCAUUAAAUGUAGGGCUUGCAUUCAUAGGUAUUCUUGUACAUGCAUUGACUAUACCAUCAAAUGGAAUAUGUGCAAGCACAUACAUAGUGUUUGCCAGGUUCAGUUAAAGCAGCAACCUUCUGCACACCCAGGAAAUAGUGAAGUUACACUUAUUGAGAGUGAAGAACUUUCUGUUGUAGACGAGAAAACAGAAAUACUAGCGGAGGUAACAAAAAAAAGUGUUAAUGAUUCUGUACCUUUGUCAGUCCAAAGAACGGAACUUAUCACAGAGUUUUCUGGUAUUGUAUCUGAACUGACCUCAAAUGACUUGAAAACUGCUAAAAAAAUGUUAUCAUCACUAAAGGCAACUGUAGCUGUUGGAAUGUUGCAGCAAAAACAGGCACCGCUGCAAAUAGAAAGGAAACAAGCACAAAAGAUUUUACCUCAACGUAGACUGUACUCUACAAAGAAAAACAAAAGGAGUAAUAAUGCAUCCCUGGUGCUCCCAAAUUCAGAAGAAUCCAGUUUGAUCAAAUUAUCUCUACUGGCAGACAAAGAAGAUGCACUUGUGGAAAAAGGUUCAGCUGUUCAAAAGCAACCAACAAUAAGAAAUACAGAGGGUGUAGCAGGUCCAUCCCCCAUUACAGCAUGGGCCCUACAGCACAGCCCGAUGAAUCGCUCAACUCCCAUAAUUCAGCCAAUAGCAAAAUGGGCUGAGGUGGUAUCUGGUCCGUCUCUCACUACAUCGUAUGUGCUGAAACACAGCCCGAGGAAUAGCGAGCUCAACUUCCACAAUUCAUCCAAUACCAAAACAGGCUCUGGUGGUACCACAUCCAUCCAUCAGUACAGUGCGUGUGUUGCUACACAGCUCAACAAAUGGUGCUGUUCUCCCAGAUUUCAUCCAGUGACAGGGCAGGAUAAGAUGGUAUCGGUACCUUCCCUUACUACAGCGCAUGUGCUGCAACACGGCUGUGGAAUGCAACCUGUGAUGCCAGGAAACUCACAGAUAAACUAUAUCAUGUGCCAGAUGUCGAGCACCAUUGUGUUUGGAAGUUCCAUUGUUCUGUGUGCGAAUGGUUUUGGAAGUUUGGACAAAUCAAGUUUCUGAAACCAACUGGAAAGAAACUUAAUUAUCAAAAACUAAGAUUUUAUUGCAAUUCAUGAUACUGUGAAAUAUUUUUAUAAUUGCUGUACAUUCAGCUAAAAGUUACAGUAAAAUUUUCUUGUAAGUUAUGCCUGCAGAAACUUUUGUACUGAAUUUAAUCUUUUCUUUUGGUUUAUAAAAAUGGUUCAAAUGGCUCUGAGCACUAUGGGACUUAACAUCUAUGGUCAUCAGUCCCCUAGAACUUAGAACUACUUAAACCUAACUAACCUAAGGACAGCACACAACACCCAGCCAUCACGAGGCAGAGAAAAUCCCUGACCCCGCCGGGAAUCGAACCCGGGAACCCGUUUUGGUUUAUAAUUUUGAUGUAAAAUCUAUUUUCUGUUUAAAUAUGAAGUUUCAAUUGUGUAUCUUAAUAUUUGUAGCUGAUGUGUAGAAUUUUGAAAACUGUUUUUUCAUAUUCUUUAU